AUGGUGCCGCGAUCCGCGAGCUCCGAGAAACCCGCCGCCGGGAAAGGCGGCGGGAAAAGCGGCGGAGAAGGGGGAGUUCCCCGCGCGGCGUCUUACAGAGUGGAAAGCUCCGGCGCAGCAGUUGCUUCCGCCAUGGCGGAGAAUAGGGGGGACAGUGGCGCGGGGGGAGCUUCGGCGGGAGACGGUGUCAGCGGCGGUUCGGGCGCAGGGGAAAGACCAAGAAGUGGGGGAUCGGCGGAAGGAGGGCGGAGCCCGUGGCGGAGCGUAGCUGCAGGGCCCGCAGCCGGGGGAAGGACGGGGAACGGCGCAGGGUUGGCGGAACGCCUGAUCGGCGGGUUGACUUCCGCUGUAGGGGCGCAAAGGGAAGGCGACAUAGGCCCGCGUCCCGAUACAAGCGCACGUGAUAGUGGCGGCCAAGCUUCGAAUCAAGCGCAGCAGCAGCGGCAGGUGUCGCAGAAGGAGCUGCGCGCGGCGCAGAAGGAGCAGCGCAUGCAGCAGCGACAGGCGCGCGCGCUGCUGCGCAAGCACGCGGGCGCACAGGCCGGCGCGCAAAAAGGCUCGCACCAGCGAUCCGCCAGCGGGGGCGUGCCCAGCAGCAGAAGCGGAGGAGGCGGAGGCGGACGCGGAGCGGCAGGGGGACGCGGCGGAGGAAGCGGAGGGGCGGGGGGCAGGGGGGGGCACGUGACGGAUAAGGUUCUGUGGCGGUUCGAGGUGAAGCCGGGCGGCAGCAGCAAUGCCACGUCAGCCACAUCCACCCCGUCCCCGUCCAAACCCCUCCAAUCACACGCCGCAGGGUCGCUUCCUGCCACGCCAGGCAGAGCUUCCGGCCAAUCAGGAAGCAGCAAAGGCGGCGGCGGCGGCGGAGGAGGAGGAGGAGGAGGGGCAGAAGGCGCAGGAGGAGGGAGUUCGUUGCUGGGGCAGCGGACGUUCAGCGGGGUGUCAGCCUCGUCAUACGUGGGCCUUCCCCCCUCCGCCUCUCUGCCCGGCCCCUCCUUCGGCGCCCAAUACAGCGGCACGCUCAGCGAUCCGGGCGGGCCGGGUUACGGCGGUUACCACCACCGCGCCAUGCCGUCCGACAGCAGCAUCGACAGCUGGCAGGGCGGCGGAAGCGGGCUGAUCCAUGGCCUCGCUCCUGCUGCGGGUGGUGCUGGUGCGGCUGCUUCUCCUGGGAGCAGCCGCUCAGGCAAUUUCUCAGGCGCGCUCUCUGACGCCGGCGGCAGUCCCUUUGGGUCCAUGCCUCGUGGGGCGUUUGCUGCUGCGCCCUCUGCAUGGUCAGGCGGCGCAGCAGCACCAGGAGCAGGAGCGACAGCGGGAGGGGUGGGAGGGGGUGACAGUGGUGGGAGUCUGCUGCGGCUGGCGCCGGGUGAGCUAAUGGCUGCUCUCAUGCAGCAGCAACCAGGCAUGAUGCCGCCCAGCCCGCUACAACCCAGUCUCUUGCAGCCCAGUUUACUCCAGCCGAAUCAGCUGCAGUCAAGUCUGCUACAACCGAGCCUGCUACAACCGAGCCUGCUACAACCGAGUUUGUUGCAGCCGAGUCUGCUACAGGCGUUGCAGCCUGGGCCUGGCGCCCUCCCCCUCCCUGCUUCUGUUACUGCGCCACCAGCUGCACCCAACACUGCCUUUGCCGAGCCUGCUGCAUCUGGUCUGGACGCUGCCAUACCUGCAGGCACGGAUGCUAACACUUACACGUAUUUGGGUGGGAACAGAGAGGCAGAAGAUCAGGCAGGGAGAGAUGCUGACGUGGACUCUGUGGAUGAUGACAGGGAUGAUGAGUCACAGGACGAAGGAGCUGAGUCAGAAAUUGAGGGAGAGCGAGUGGAAGGGUUCCGAGCCACGAUUAGGGCAAAAGCAGGGAUAGGUUCGGCAUGGGGACUGGGUUCCAAGCCUCGAUCCAGCCUGCUUCUAACUCCCUCCGAACCUCCUUCAGAAACUAACUCAAGUACGGGCUCGGAAGAAUUAGGGUUAGGGUAUGGAUACGGCCGUGCCGAGCCUCUUGCGUGUGGCACGUUGCCAGCCAUGUUUCCGCCGAUCCGGCCGUCCAGGCUCGGAAUUUGCCCUGGGCGGGAGCUUGGGGAGAUGGUUGCAUUUCAGGUGGCUCAAAGGGGGGAGAGGAAGGGAGGAGGGGAGGAGGGAGGAGAGGAGGGAGGCGAGGACAUUGGGUCGGAUGGAGGGUGGGGAGAGGAGGAGGACGAUGAUGAUGUGUAUGCGGAGGAUGAGAUUGAUAACGAGGCUCUGGUGGCCGCCUUAGAGGAUGGACUCAUGGCCUUCAGACAAGACAAGGUGACGCCCGCCCCACAGUGCAGUGCAGUGCACUCUAGUGAGAACGCGAGUGAGAGCUGCUCUGUGCUGCUGGACGCACUGCUGGACAUCUGCGAGUUCACCUUCGGCUUCAUCUUUGUUUUCCCCACCCCCUCCCUCCCCCCUUGCCCGGUGAGUGAGAACGCGAGUGAGAGCUGCUCUGUGCUGCUGGACGCGCUGCUGGACAUCUGCGAGUCCACCUUCGGCUUCAUUGCCUCCAACUUCCGCAUGCCCCACGGCGACCCCUGCCUCAAGACCCACGCCAUAACAAACAUUCUCUGGACCGACAAGCUAAGGACGUGGUUCGCCGACCACUCGGCAGCCGGUCUUGUCUUCACAGAUGUGUCCGAAACGGGCCUCUUCGGCCGGGCGGCGCUGAAGGGCGAGGCGGUGUGGAGCGACGACCCGCCAGCUGGCAGCCUGCCCAAGGGCCAUCCACGUGUCAACACCGCAUUCGCCAUGCCGCUUAUCUGUGGCACGGCCAUAGUGGGCGUGGCGGUGGUGGCGAAUCGCAUAGGCGGGUACAGUCACGGGCUGCUGCGCGCCGUGCAGCCGCUGCUGUCGCUCGUGGCCUCGCUGCUCUUCUGCCUGCACUGGCGCAACGACGGCGGCAGGGACCUCAGAAGACGUGUCGUCAGCCUUGCACAGGACGGGCGCAUAGAGGACGGGCGCAUAGAGGUGGACAGCAGGGGGUGCAUCACAUGCAUGGAUGCUGUUGCCUGUGCCAUCUUUGGCGUCAACCCCCUCACUGCCGCCCUCAUGGCUGCUGCACCCGCCACGUCAGCAACGGACCUUGCCAGCGAAGCAGACAGCGCAGCGGUUACUGCAGAAGGAGAGGGAGCAGCUGCGUCAGCAAUGGCACCGGGGGCGGUGUGCCCGCCCCUUGGCCAGCUCCACUUGGGUCUCUCCCAUUCCUGCCUCUCCUCCCCACUGCACACCCCCUCCCCAACCCCACCACCACCAGCCAUUGCACAGCAGCUGCAGACUCCUCACCCAGCAGUGGGCAAGCAGCAGGGCGGAGCUCACAUUCUUUUUCAGAUGACCAUUGCACAGCAGCUGCAGACGCCCCACCCAGCAGUGGGCAAGCAGCAGGGCGGAGCGCACAUUCUGCUUCAGGUUAACCUCUGCCCUCAUGCUCCUGCUGCUGGUGGCAGCAGCAGCAGCAGCAGCAGUGAGAGCAGGGUGCACAGGGCAGUGGUGCGGCUGCUGGCGCGCUCCGACUGA